UAGCGCUAUCUAGUGGAGCGGAUGGACAACGCAACGUGCUUCUCUGAGGGACUUUCAUUCGGAUGAUAGUUUGAUAGGGUUUGAAAAUGUACUGUAAAUUGCGACAGGUUUUGAGGUGUUUGUUGACUUUAGUUCAUCGGGAAUGUGGUGAGUGUAAACGGACAGGAGGUUUGAUGGUUGUCACGAGGGCGCUCGGUGAAUCUGCGGCCAUUUUAACCGUAUCUGCUGCUGGAGCUUGGUGUAGCAAAGUUUCUACUUCUGCUUUGAAGGAGGCUGUGGAAAGACUUUCUUUACAGGUCCCACCUUGUGAGUGUGUUCAUCAAGAAGAGCUUCAGAGGUUUUCUGAUAAUUUUGGCCCUUUGUUUUUCACCUAUUCUUUUCAAGCUUCUAGUCAGUCAGUGGAGGAAGAGCAGUCAAAUAUCCAAAAAUGUCUGCACAGACUCAGUCUUGUUCAUGCACAGGUGGAAAUCAACUUUGAGAUUAGGACAGAUUCAACAACACACAAGCAAACGUUCAGGUUAACUGAUGGACAGAAAGGAAGUAAAGUUUCAGUGAUGGAUCACAGCAUUCAAAUGGACGCUGCCGCAUACGGACAGAGUCCAUUCUCUGUGCGGUGUUUUCCAUCCUGUCCACAAAUGCACCCAGUAUUAGGAGACACACUGAGUUGUGUGCUCCCUUCUGACAUACUAGAGGCUGGACUGUGUGGAGAACUGCGCAUGGUUACCAUGGCAACACUUGCACCCUGUAUGGUGCAGUAUUCCAACUGGCCCACUCAGCUCUCAUGCAUACGGAUGCUAGUGUACAUUCCAUGUGGGAUGCCUCUAAUGCAACAGACACAGAUGAGUUUCCUCCAGAGUUUGGCUGCUUCACUCUCCUGGGCAGAUCUCGGCCUUUCUAAAGUCUGUUGCAUGGAAGCACAAAACAUCCAGGGCUGUUUGUGUUCUGAUGUCGAAUUCUCUGUUGAAACUGACUGCAGUGAGGAAACAAGAUGUAGUAAUGCUAUAAAGCAGAACAUUGAGCCAGAAUUGAGCGGUGCUGUAGAACAGACUCUGACUGUCUUCAUUUUCACUCAGUACACUGACCCCUUCCACUCCCAGAUCACUGACUUUAUAAUCAGUGAGGAGGUUUUCGAAGGAGAAUUGGAUGCAGUUCUUUGGUACAACAGAGAUCAAGUGAGGGCGACUCUACAGUCUACCAUGAAAAAAACGCUGAAAGGAUUCCAGCGGAGACGCACAGCCAGGCAGAGGUUGGAUUCUGCCAAAUCCAUUGUCCUGAGCUCAGUGAACAGUAUAAUUGCCAGCAGCAGCAGUGAAGAGUUUCGAAGAGCCUGUUUUGAUAGCAUGCGGGUCAAGAGCUCCUGCGAGCUACGUGUAUCUCUACAACAGUCGCUUCAAAGCAUUGUGGAGGGGCUCUUUGCUGAAAAGCGCAUGUGUAACAAUGGAAUGAAGGUGGUGGCGGCUGUUGGCCCUGAACAAAGUGGUCUUGACAGCUGGGAGGAAGCAUUUGAAAAUCCAUCAGAACUGCCUUCUAAGAGGGUUUACUGUGACCAUGAGUCCUUCAGCUUUAUCCCUAACAAGAGGGAAUGCUCAGAGCCGUUCUCUGAGAAUUCAGACGCCUUCAUGAACAGUGUCUUUGAAGCAGAAAACAUCCAGAGAAGUCCCCUGUCCCAUAUACAGCAUCCACAAAGUCAGCUAACUGGAAUGAUCACAGACAUACCCUCAGCGCUGAGCCUGGCUAAACUAAAUAAUGAACAGGUGGAUAAUUAUUUUAACCGAACACCACAAACACAUAAUGGACUGAGCUUUAUAAAGCAGGAUUCAGUGUGUGCAUCUUCAGGAUUUGCCACAGACAGGAUGUUCCCCUGCCUGGCCCAUAGACCAUGGAAAGUCCUCUGCCGGGUCUAUCUGCAACAACGAGCCCCUCUGUCUCAGAGACCCUUCAAAAUAGCUAAGCCAUGUUUUGGUUGGCAAACUGGAGGACGGGUGCACAAACUCUGGUUUAGCUUUCCCGAUUCCAGAGUCACUUCCUUAACAUGGACACAGGUCCAGAACUGUUCCACAUCAAGCGGUGGUAAAGACGGAUCUCCAGCAGGCCCUGUAGAGCCAAAACCCACUGAGAAAGCACAAGCUGCACAGCCCUCUUCAAAAGUAGCUGAUUCCAAACCUCAAGGUCUGACGAAAGCGGAGAGCAUUCAAGUGAAAGUACGGGCUGUCCUGAAAAAAAGGGAAUAUGGCAUCAAAUACACCCAGAAUAAUUUCAUCACUGCGGUUAGAGCUAUGAACGAGUUCUGCCUCAAACCCAGUGACCUUGAGCAGCUUAGGAAAAUCCGACGACGUAGUCCCCAUGAUGAUACAGAAGCAUUCACCGUCUUCCUGCGAUCAGAUGUGGAGGCAAAGGCGCUGGAUGUAUGGGGAAGUCAAGAGGCACUCACUCGAGAGAGGAAUCUCAGGAAAGAAGUGGAAAAAGAGUACCAAGAAAACACAUUUAGAAAUCAGCAGCUGUUGAAGGAAUACAAAGACUUCUGGGGAAACACAAAGCCUCGGUCUAGGAAGAGAGCAACAUUUCUUGAAGGGCCUGGAAAAGUGGUGAUGGUAGCUAUAUGCAUAAAUGGACUGAAUUUUUUCUUCAAGCUGUUGGCAUGGGUUUAUACAGGUUCUGCCAGUAUGUUUUCUGAAGCCAUCCACUCGCUGGCUGAUACCUGCAAUCAGGCUCUUCUUGCAAUAGGCAUCAGUCAAUCUGUCCGUAACCCAGAUGCCAUCCAUCCGUACGGCUUCUCCAACAUGCGUUACAUCGCCUCUCUCAUCAGUGGAGUGGGCAUCUUCAUGAUGGGGGCUGGCUUGUCCUGGUAUCACGGCAUUAUGGGACUCCUGCACCCUCAGCCAAUUGAAUCGCUGCUCUGGGCAUACUGUAUUUUAGCAGGAUCUCUGGUGUCUGAAGGAGCUACACUAUUAGUGGCCAUUAAUGAGAUCAAGAAGAGUGCACGUAUACAAAGCUUGUCCUUUUAUGAGUACGUGAUGCAAAGUCGAGACCCCAGCACUAACGUGGUCCUGUUGGAGGACGCUGCCGCUGUGCUCGGAGUGAUGCUGGCAGCUGGAUGUAUGGGACUCACGUCUCUUACAGGUAGCCCCUACUAUGACAGUCUUGGUUCUCUGGGUGUGGGCACCUUGUUAGGAACAGUGUCUGCGUUCCUCAUUUACACUAACACUGAGGCUCUGUUGGGCCGCUCCAUCAAGGCUGAGCAUGUGCAGAAGCUCACCGAGUUAUUGGAAAACGACCCUGUUGUCAGGGCAAUUCAUGAUGUCAAAGCCACAGAUAUGGGGCUGAGCAAAGUGCGCUUCAAGGCAGAGGUGGACUUUGAUGGGCGGGUGGUGACGCGCUCAUACCUGGAGAAGCAAGACAUUGAACAGAUCCUGAACGAAAUUCAACAGGUGAAGACACCAGAGGAGCUGGAGAACUUUAUGCUGAAGCACGGGGAGAACAUCAUUGACACCUUAGGAGCAGAGGUGGACCGUCUGGAGAAAGAACUUAAGCAACGUAAUCCUGAGGUGCGGCAUGUGGAUCUGGAGAUUUUAUAAUGCCAUGAUAUGGGGAUCAGGAUGAAGUGGAAGGAGAACCAAUCUAAUCUCAAGCAACCUCCCGUCCCGUUCUCUCCCAAAUAGCAGCUGAGCUCUUAUGUUAAACCUAUCCCACAUCAACAAAGCACUAACCUGUACAUGGUUUGUUGCUUGUUAAAAUAGCAACACAUGGAGACAUGGCCAGUCAUUGGAUAAUAGGUCUAGAUGGUAGUUUGUACUACCAAAACCUUAAAAACAUGUUCAUGAUUAUAAAAGGACCAUUGUCUUGUUUCAUUUUACACUUUGCUAACGAAGCAGCAUAAACACCAGAGAUCUCGCAUAACACCAAACUAUUAGUGAAAAGGAUAUCUCUAUAAAUAGUUCACAUAAAGGGUAAAUUGUCUAUUCUAUUACUCUAUUGCUUUCUGGAUUCCCAGAGAUGAUGGCAUGUUCAAGCAAUGCCAUUAUCAUUGAAUGAAAGAGAUAAUGUGUUGAAUGCGAGUAAGUUACAAAAAGGAUAAACAGUAAUUUUAAUCUACUAAAGAGGAAAAAAACAGUUUAAAUAGUUUCAAAAACUUUAGAUUAUUUUGUAAUUUCUGAUUUAAAUUGUACUAAUAACAGAUUUAAAAACAAAUGUGUAUUCUAAACUAUAUUGAUAUAUUUAUCAGUAAUGACAGAACUAUAGAACCAAAUAGGGAUCUUUAGCCCACCUGAUGAAGACUGCUCUGAUCUUCACAUCCUUCCUAUGCUAACAGUACUGAUGUCCUUAUGCUGCUUUUGGGACAUUGUUUACGCUCUAUUUCUGUGUGAAUGAAUGAAGAAAACCAUUGUAGAAGAUCAGCAAAGACCGAUCCAUGUUUUUAAAGCCACUAAAAUACAUUCUGGGUGUGCAUUGUUGAUUUGUCACCUAGUUUGUGAACACUAUGGGCCAUAUUUUCUUCCAUUCGAAAUAAUUCUUGACUGUGAAAAUACAAUGGUUUUAAUAUAUGAAAAAGAAGCAUUCAGCCCAUUGAAAUACCUUCAUUACACAUGCAAACAAUACAUUUUGUGGUAGUUAUUUCAAGUAGUUUAAGUCUAACCUUGGGGGUUUUAAACAUUGUAACGUGAUCAGACAUCAGAGCUUUGAAACUUUCUCAGCUCCCCUUAGGGAACAGUCAUCUAAUGCAGGUUGGAUGAACACCUUCAAGGUUAGAAAGUUCACAAUUGUGUUUGGAAAAGGCUGUAAGACUAUAUAUAUUUUUUAAAUAUGUUUAUUUGAUUGUGCUAUUUGAUUGGAUCUUUGAGCUGUUUGGAGCUACUGAAGAAAAUUGAUUAAUAAAUUGCAGUUAAUUUAUUAAACCACUGAAUAGCUGUCCUUUUUAUGAAUCUGCACUAAUGUGCACCAGUUUGGGGUAAGAUUUCUUUUUAUGAAAAGAUUUAACACUUAAGAAAGGAUGCAAUGAAUUGAUCAAAAUUACAUUAAAUGCAUAGUGUUU